AUGCUUGUAGGUUACUUCCUUCUGCUCCUCCUCACUGAUAAUGUGACAACAAAUGAGGACAGCUGCAGCUAUGAAGCUAUUUUGAACUAUCUCAACCUGACAACAAACACGGAGCUGUUUACCUUGAGUCGGCCUGUCAAGCACUUUAAAAAUGUUACUAAGGUAUCCAUUGAAAUGCUGCUUUCCUCGAUAUUUGAUGUGAGAGAAGUUGACCAGACUUUCAUUUCACAUAUUCAGAUUUAUACGUCCUGGAACAAUGAUCAUAUUUGUUGGGAACCGAAGAACUUUUGUGGACUUAAUAGUAUUAAAAUUCCCACGGAGACUUUGUGGAAGCCAGAUUUAAUUAUAAAAGAGAUGGUGGAGAAGGACAAGACCCCUAUGAGUCCUUAUCUUAAAGUAGAUUUUGAAGGCUCUGUGGAAUAUUCUAAUGAGCAGGUGGUGGUCAGCUCCUGUAAGAUGCACGUUUACAGAUUCCCCUUUGACGUUCAGAAGUGCAACCUCUCCUUCAUGUCUCUUAUUCACAGUGACGAAGAAUUAGUUUUAGAUUUUACCGACAACAAUUCAGCAAUCACCAACUGGUCCCUCAACUUGAUGCACACGCAGUAUGAGUGGUUGUUCUUGGAGCUGACCGUUAACAAAACAACUGACCACAAGUACAUCGGGGAAAACCAAACGAUCGUCUUUUACACUAUUCACAUGAAGAGGAGGUCAGUCCUCUACAUCGCUAACUUCUUGCUGCCUGUCCUCCUAUUCUUCUGUCUGGACUUGAGCUCUUUCCUGAUAUCAGACAGUGGGGGAGAGAAGCUCAGCUUCAAGGUCACUGUGAUGCUCGCCGUCACAGUGAUGCAGCUCAUUCUCAAUGACAUUCUGCCUUCCUCGUCAGACAAGAUCCCUCUUAUAGCGCUCUUCUGCAUUGGGAUUUUUGGUUUGAUGAUGUUGAGCCUCCUGGAGACAAUCUUUGUGAUGUAUUUAAUGGAGAAAGAUGCUGCAUCCCAAAACAACGAGACAAACAAAGACUCAAACCUGAACAAGAACAAACAAAGUUGUUUUAAAGGACAGCAGCAGCCCACUGAGGGAGGCGUCCUUCACUUUGGAAAAAAUCUCAAAUGA